AUGUACUUCAAAAACAGGGAAGCUGAAUCUGCACAGAAGGUGUUUGGUGUGAUCACAGAAAGGGAUGUUGUUCUAUGGACUGAGAUGAUCGUAGGGCAUUCUAGACUUGGAAAUGGUGAAUACGCGGUCCAACUCCUCAUUGAAAUGUACAGAGACAAAAAUACAACUGGUGGUUUUUCACUGAGCAGUGUCUUAGGAGCAUGUUCAGAUAUGGCAUUGUUAAGACAAGGUGAAGUGUUUCAAUCUCUUGCCAUAAAGACAGGAUUAGAUAGUGUUAUGUCAGUAUGCGGAGCCCUAGUAGACAUGUAUGGGAAAUAUGGCAAAUACCAAAUUGCAGAAUCAGAAUUCUCUCUUGUCUCAAAUCCGGAUUUGAAAUGUUGGAACUCGAUGCUAGGAGCUUAUAGUCAGCAUGGAAUGGUAGAAAAGGCUCUGAGUUUCUUCGAGCAAAUACUUGUUAACAGUUUCAGACCAGAUGCUAUAACAUACUUGUCUUUACUAGCAGCCUGCAGCCACAGGGGAUCAACGCAGGAAGAACAAUCUCCUCCAAAGAACAACCACGCAGAGCUCUGGAGAACUCUGCUGAGCGCCUGUGUUAACACAAAAAACUUGCAGAUGGGACUAUAUGGAGAUGAGCAAAUACUAAAACUUGAACCAGAAGACACUGCAACACACAUUCUGCUAUCGAAUUUAUACGCGGUGAAUGGGAGAUGGGAAGAUGUAGCAGAGAUGAGAAGGAAGAUUAGAGGAUUAACUUCUGCCAAAAAUCCAGGGUUGAGCUGGAUUGAAGUGAACAACACACAAGUUUUCUCCUCCGGAGACCAGUCUCACACAGAAGUAAGUCGAGCUCAAGAUGAAUUACAUAGGCUAAAGAGUAGUAUGUUGUACAGAGAUCACCAUCCAAUGAACAAGAUUCAUUCCUUAUAA